AUGCGAGCAUCGGUCCUUGCCGUCAUGGCCGCCUACCUCGCGGUCGCCGCCCAUGGCCUCGGCUCCCUCCCGAUCUUGGAUGGCCGCUACGUCUACUGCUGGCGCACGGGCCAGUCGGUGACGCUGACCACGCUGAGCUCUGCCAAGAACGAAGCAUCGGCGGAAGCGCUCAACUGCGGCCUGCAGAUGACCUUUAACGCGCCGGCGACCAUCUCCGUCGGCCAAGCCGUGCCUGUGACCUGGACGGUCUCGUACAACCCAAAGACGAUCCUGAGCAACAGCAUUGGCCUCACGCUGCCAUUGCCCGUCAUGCAGAGCCCGGCGUCGCGGGACAUGUACCAAAUCUACCACUCCAACAUCCACUCGUGCGCGUACGCGGACAAUGUCUGCAACGCGUACGACAAUGGCGUCUACGUCCGCGACCACACGCCCAACACGCUCGCCAACUUUAGCGCCAACUACUCGGCGACAUACGCGACAACUGAGCUCUCGUUUCCGCGAUCGGGCUCGUUUAUCAUCUUUGCCCACAUUGCACUUCCGGGCACUACGACGUCGGAACGAUUCGACUUUGCCGUUUACCGCACAAUCACCGUGGGUGACGCUCAAGUGCCGACGCCCAUCGGCUUGAUCGUCGGCGUCGCCGUCGGUGGCGUGGUGCUGCUGCUCGGUAUCGCGUUUGCUGUGUAUCGAUGCCGGCGCAACCGCGCGAGCAAGACGGCGACGACCAACACCAACUACCGGACGCAGACGUCGGGACCGGACGAGACGCAGACGUGGGCGCGCGACUCGGCGACCGAGACGGCCUUGGCCCAGUGGCGCCUCAGCGAAGACGACGUCGAGCGCAGCCAAAUCUUGUCCAAGGGCGCGUUUGGUGAGGUGUGGCUCGGCACCUACCGCGGCACGCCCGUUGCGAUCAAGAAGCUCCUCCCUGGACGCUCGUCGCCGUCGGACGUCCAAGAUUUCGCCAAGGAGAUCUUGCUCAUGACCACGUUCUCGUCGCCGUACAUUGUGACAUGCAUCGGUGUGAGCUGGUAUCGCCGCACCGAGCUCAUGCUGCUGGUCGAGUUUAUGGACAGCGGCGACCUGCGCACCAAGCUCGACGAGACGACGCCCGCUUCAUUCUCCAUUGCCGACAAGCUGCUGAUGGCGUCGCAGAUCGCCGAAG